AUGAAGCCGGAGCAAAAGCACAGCAAGAAAGAGAAGGCGGCGGCGGCGGCGGUGUCGGCCCAGGGCCUGCUGCCCAUACCCCAACCUUCGACCGCCCCAGUCGUGGGCAACCUUACCAGCAUAGACUUGGAAGACCCAUCGCGCUCCUUCUCGCAGCUGGCCGCCCGCUAUGGCCCCAUCUACAAGCUAGCGGUUCCGGGACUCGACAUGAUCAUCGUGUCCAACUGGAAGCUUGUCAACGAAGCCUGCGACGAUUCGAGGUUUCAGAAAUCGCUCAAGGGCGACCUCGAGGAACUACGAACUGCAGUACAUGACGGACUCUUUACGUCCAAAGGAGAGGAGGAGGAGAACUGGGGCGUGGCGCACCGGGUCCUAGUGUCGGCCUUCGGCCCGCUGGCCAUCCGCGGCAUGUUUGACGAGAUGCACGAGAUCGUCAGCCAGCUGGUGCUCAAGUGGGCGCGCCAGGGCCCGUCGGCGCGCAUCGACGUCGGCGAGGACUUUACGAGGCUUACUCUCGACACGGUAGCGCUCACCUCGAUGGGCUUCCGCUUCAACUCGUACUACCAGUCCGAGAUGCACCCAUUCAUCACGGCCAUGUACGAGGUCCUCAACGAGGUCGCCAAAAAGGGCAUGCGCUUCCUCCCCUCCGUUUUCUACACUUCCGAGAGCAAGAAGUACCACAAGAACAUCCAGCUCCUGCGGCGGACGGCGCGGGAGGUGAUCGAAGAGCGCAAGGCGAACCCGGACGGAUUCAAGGGCCGCAAGGACCUCCUGACGGCCAUGACCGAGGGCGUCGAUCCCAGGACGGGCCGUAAGAUGACGGAGGAGAGCGUCAUUGACAAUCUCAUCACCUUUCUGGUCGCAGGGCAUGAGACCACUGCCGCGACGCUUCAAUUCACCAUGUACAACCUGCUGAAGCACCCCGACAAGUACCACAAGCUCCAGGAAGAGAUCGACUCUGUGGUAGGCACAGGGCCCAUUUCUCUGGCCCAUGUGACAAAGCUAAAGUAUUUGGAUGCGUGCAUACGAGAGACCCUCAGGCUGAGCGCACCAAUCUGGGCCUUCGGAAGAGAGCCUCUGCAGGACGAGGUGCUCGGGGAAAAGUAUCUCAUCAAGAAAGACCAGCAAAUUGUGUGCCUCCUGGCCAAGUCUCACCGGGAUCCCGAAGUCUGGGGUCCAGAUGCCGACGAGUUCGUUCCCGAGAGGAUGCUGGACGGAGGCUUUGAUCGGAUCCAGGAGCAGUACCCGCACAGCUGGAGUCCCUUUGGCACCGGCAUGCGGUCCUGCAUCGGGCGCGCCUUUGCGUGGCAGGAGAUGCUGCUGGCCUACGCGGCGCUGCUGCAGAGCUUCAGCUUCGUCAUGGACAAUCCUUCGUAUACCCUCCAGACGCAGACAUCGCUCACCAUCAGGCCUAAGGGGUUCUACAUCAGAGCCAUUGCCCGCGGCGGACUGACACCUCUGCAGCUCGAGGCACGUCUGGUUGGCGCCAGUGGCAACGGGGCCGACGCGAAGCCGUCCAAAUCUGCAUCUGCUCAACCAAAGCCGGCUGCUGCUUCCGAGAAUGGCGAGAUGGAGGGCGGUCAGAGGCUGGCGAUAUACUACGGGUCCAACUCGGGCACCUGCGAGUUCAUGGCGCGGAGGCUGGGGACAGACGCCUCAGACCGGGGCUUCGUCGCCUCUAUAGAGCCUUUGGACGUGGCCAAGGGAGCGCUCCCCAAGGAGGUCCCUGUCGUCAUCGUGGCUUCUUCGUACGAGGGCCAGCCUACCCACAAUGCCGGACACUUCGUCCAGUGGAUUGAGUCUUUGAGCAACACGAAAGAGCUUGAGGGUGUAAGCUAUGCAGUAUGGGGAUGCGGGCAUAGCGACUGGACAAAAACGUACCAACGCAUUCCCCGGCUGCUGGAUGAGGGCCUGAGCAAGUUCGGAGGCGAACGACUUGUGCCCAUGGGCGAGACAGAUGCAAAGAUUCGCGACAUGUUUUCCGACUUUGAGACGUGGCAGGAUGAGACGCUGUGGCCCGCUAUCCAGAAGAAGCUCAACAUCAAGGUGAGCCAGGACGACACGACCAACAACCGUCUCAAGGUCUUCUUCUCCACACCGCGCACAUCGAUCCUGCGCCCAGACGUCAAAGAGGCACUCGUUUCCAGCGCCCGGAGCCUGACUCCGAGGGACGCCGCCGGCGAGGAGAAGCGCCACCUCGAAGUCCAGCUACCGAGCGGCUGGACAUACACUGCCGGCGACUAUCUGGCUGUACUGCCGCACAAUCCCAAGGCGACGGUGGCACGCGUCAUGCGACGCCUGCAUAUGGCUUGGGACGCCCACGUGACCAUCGAGGCGGCCGGCACAACAACGCUGCCGACCAACGCGAGCUUGCCGGUAUCUGAACUACUCAGCUCCUAUGUGGAAUUGGGCCAGGUGGCCACGAGAAAGGACGUGGCAACACUCAGCAAGCUGGCCGAUGACGCCGAGAUGAAGGCCAAGCUGGAACACAUGGCCGCCGACGGCUUCGAAGAGGAGGUGCGAGGCAAGCAGCUCUCUGUCCUCGGCAUCCUCGAGGCGUUCCCCGCUCUCAUGGUACCUUUCCACGUAUUUCUCUCGCUCUUGCUGCCCAUGCGCGUGCGCCAAUACUCCAUCUCCUCUUCGCCGCUGGUCAAGCCCGGUCUCGCCUCGCUGUCAUACGGCGUCAUCGACCGACCCGCCACCUCGGGUACGGGCCGGCACGUUGGCGUAGCGUCGUCGUACCUCGCGUCUCUACAGGAGGGCGACAAGGUGCAGGUCGCGGUCCGCAGCGCGACCAAGGGUUUCCAGCUGCCCCUAGAGCCCCAGAAGACGCCCAUCAUCUGCAUUGCCGCGGGCACGGGGCUGGCUCCCUUCCGCGCGUUCAUGCAGGAGCGCGCGGUCCUGAAGGAGAGCGGUGCCCAACUCGCCCCUGCCGCGCUCUUCUACGGCUGCCGCGACCCGGCCGUCGAUGACCUAUACCGCGACGAGUUCGACGCCUGGGAGGCGGCUGGCGUCGUCUCCGUGUUCCGCGCGUACAGCCGCGCGCCCGAGCAGGCCGAGGGCUGCCGGUACGUGCAGGACCGGCUGUGGCACGAGCGGACGUUGGUCGGCGAUCUGUGGAACACCGAGGGUCGGAUCUACGUCUGCGGCGCCAAUCGGAUUGUGGAGGGGGUCAAGCAGGCCUUUGUGCGGAUCCUGCAGAGCGAGAACGAGAAGCGCGGGGAGCCAAUGUCCUUCGAGGAGAGCCUGGAGUGGUUCGAGAAGCAUCAGACAGAACGUUUUGUCCGGGAUGUGUUUGACUGA